GAGCAUGGAGCUGCGGAAGAAGUCGCACAAUCGGCUGCUUCGUUCCACACUUUUCCGCCCGAAAUCGCUUCUCCACGAUUGCGCAGACAGUUCUUGCAUCGAUCCUCCCGUCUUCGUUCGCCUCCCGCGAUUUGUUACGACCUUUGAGACGCCGAAAUCGGUGUAGAACUGGGUUCUGGAGGGGGGGGGAGGGGGGGUUGGUCUGACACGCCGCGCGCCCUUGAUUCCCGCCACUGUUCAUCGCUUUGAGAGCAUUAGUGGAGGGGUUUUCGAUGACGUUGGCUGCACUGGAUUGAGGCUCUUAGUCCCAAAGGGCUUGUGCAGAUUGGGUUUGUUUAGGUUUGUUUAGGUUUGUUCGGGCUCUCGGUCUCUGCGGAAUUCACGAAGGGGGAAUUUGUGUUUUGAAAAGUGCGAGUUGAAAGAAACAGCGUCUCGGAGCGAUUGUUGGGGUUGGUUCGGCUUCUGCUUGCGCUCAUUUUUUUUCUCCUCGCUCCCUCGCUCAUCAUUCAUCUGAAACUGCUGAUAAUGAGGUGAAGCUUGAGCUCGGGUGACGUUCUAUUUGAGGUUUUUUUUAGGGUGGCCCUUAACCCUCUGGCGUUACUGGAUCAUCCUGUUGAUAUUGGGCCCAUUUCGCGAGAUAAAACCCUACCCUAACGCUGCUGGGUUACUUGUUUCGGGACGGAUUCAUGAGAAUAAGGUGAAAUUAUGAGCAGGUGUAGGUGGUUUCUGGACUACUGGAUUUUGUGAAAGCUUCUGCCUCUGAUUAGCAGACAUUCUGGUCUUAAGAAUUGAGUUUGCAAGUGCGCAUUAGUACGGUCCGUGGUUGUUUAGGGAGCGCCGGAAGUUUUGGCGGUCUCUAAGCCUGCUUGCUGGCUUCGUGAACCUAAGAGUCGCAGGUACUAAUGUGAUCGUAAGUACCUACGCGUGUUACUGCAAAUAUCCUUCUUCGUCGUACAUGAAUAUGUUUUCGACUGAAACACAGCCAUGGUACUCGAAAUAUUUGCCGCUGGAGAAAUUACAAGUGCGUCGAAGAGUUACAUGUGCUCGGUAAUUUCACCUCGCUAGCUGGAUUUGAGACUCAGGUGUGAAAACCCCGGCGAACGAUUGGGAGCUUGGAAAUAUCAAUGCCAUUGAGAUUGCGCAUGGGAUUAGACCUACCUGAGCUAAGGGAAGUCGCACCUGCUAAGAAGUAGAGAUACAAAGCAGAGAGUAGAGCAUAGGGGUACAGAGAGAUGGUCUUGUGGUUUAACCGUAUAAAGGAUAGAGAGCAGUAGAUAAGGCCGCAAGUAGGUCUGAGAUGGAGCAAACAAGAAGUUGGUUUAAUCGGUUCCAGUCUAGAGGUGACAGGCUGAAGAGCAGUGAAUCCAAGAAGAAUGGCUCGGGAUCAGACAGUGGCAAGGACCUUGUGAAGACCGCUGGAUCCGACCUGGAUGCAGGUGAAGAGUUGCCAUCUAGUAUCACCAGGCAGAAAGUGGCAGCUGCGAAGCAGUACAUUGAAAACCACUACAAAUCGCAAAUGAAGAAUCUGCAAGAACGAAAAUUACGACGUUGGUCAUUGGAGCGCAAGCUGGCAGAUGCCGAUGUUACAGAAGAAGAACAAAACAAUCUUCUCAAGGACCUGGAGAGGAAAGAAACCGAGUAUAUGCGCUUGCAGCGCCACAAAAUGGGAGUAGAAGAUUUUGAGCUGUUAACUAUUAUAGGUCGUGGUGCAUUUGGCGAGGUGAGAUUAUGCAGGGAGAAAUCAAGUACGACUGUGUAUGCUAUGAAAAAGCUGAAGAAGUCUGAGAUGCUACGAAGAGGCCAGGUAGAGCAUGUUAAAGCAGAGAGAAAUCUACUCGCUGAAGUUGACAGCAACUGUAUUGUGAAGUUGUAUUGUUCAUUUCAAGACGAGGAUUACUUGUACUUGAUCAUGGAAUACUUACCAGGAGGAGAUAUGAUGACACUCCUUAUGCGUAAGGAUACACUUACAGAAGACGAAGCCAGAUUUUAUGUUGGACAAUGUGUUUUGGCUAUCGAGUCAAUCCACAAGCAUAACUACAUACAUAGAGAUAUAAAACCUGACAACUUGCUCUUGGAUAAGAACGGGCACAUGAAGUUAUCUGAUUUUGGUCUUUGUAAGCCUUUGGACUGCUCAAACUUACCUGCGUUACAAGAGUACGAGCAAAGUCAGGAUGUCGCUAGGGAUCCCUUAGAUCCCAGGCAGCACAGAUCUGCAUCCCCUGCACCAAGGCGAACACAACAGGAGCAGCUUCGACACUGGCAAAGGAAUAGACGCAUGCUGGCCUAUUCAACAGUCGGCACUCCAGACUACAUCGCUCCUGAAGUCCUGUUGAAGAAGGGUUAUGGGAUGGAGUGUGACUGGUGGUCACUUGGAGCAAUCAUGUACGAGAUGCUAGUUGGCUACCCUCCAUUUUACUCUGACGAACCUAUGACAACUUGUCGCAAGAUUGUCAACUGGAGAAAUAACUUGAAGUUUCCGGACGAAGCGAAGCUAACACCAGAAGCGAAAGAUCUUAUCAGUAGAUUGCUGUGUGACGUGGAGAACCGUCUUGGCACCAGGGGUGUCCCUGAGAUUAAGAAUCAUUCGUGGUUCAAAAACCAUGGAUUGCCUUGGGAUAAGCUGUAUGAUAUGGAGGCAGCUUUUAAACCCGAGGUGAAAGAUGAGCUGGAUACUCAGAAUUUUGAGAAGUUCGAAGAGAGCGACUCUCAGAUACCAUCAUCUACAAGAUCAGGACCAUGGAGAAAGAUGCUGUCAUCGAAGGACGUGAACUUCGUGGGGUACACUUACAAGAAUUUUGAGAUUGUCCAGGAUGCCAAUGUUCCUGGAAUUGCGGAGUUAAAGAAGAAGGGCAAGCCAAAGAGGCCAUCCAUCAAGACACUCUUCGAUCCAAAUGGAGGUCCAAAUGGCCACAUUCAAGGCAGCUUUCUCUGCCACUUACCUACACCUAUUGAGAUAUCAGAGAGUCCAGAGACUUCACCAUCUGGCAGCAUUUCAUCUCCCGCCCAUCCGAACUCGAGCUAUUACAAACCACCACCUCCGUUGUAUCCAUAUCAAAGUCAUGCCCGAUAGCUAGUUUUCUACCCCUCUAUUCAUUUCAAAGCAUUGUGCGAUUGCCAGGCACCCAGUAACACGCCUGCAUGCCUACUUUACUCUGAUGUUCACAGUUCUGUAUCUCGUUCCAAAGGGCUCACUACAGGACUGACAUGAAGAUGUAUUUAAGACUUAAUCGAUAUGACAAGUGGGUUGAGUGUAAAUGGUCUACAUUUAGGUACAAUCUUUCUUUCAGGUUGAUUCAUUUGAAGCGAUCUCUGUCUCUGAAGUUGGCCAGAGCCAGUAAAUAAAGUGCAUCAAAAUACAAUCAUAGA